CAUUAUUCAGAGUAAUAAAUAUCGAGUUUAGAGUGAAAAAGUUUAAUCCCCAAAAUACGACAUGUUUAUCAUAUAGGCACACAAGUGCGAAUAUUGGGGGUAUAAGUAGGAGUAAACCUUUAAAAGCGGAUCAUGGCGGACCUUAAACAGCUGGAAAUGCUUUGUCAAGCUCUUUACGGAGCCCAGCAAGUACACCAGAACGAAGCGCAUAAAGUUUUGAUGCCCCUGCUGAGAGAUGUCCAAAAAAUACCAGUACUUUACGAGAUCUUGGCAAAUAGCACGAAUCUUCAAGCCUUAUUAUUUGCUUCAUCGGGUCUCGUAACUCUUUUCACAAAUCAUUGGUCUCAGGUCACAGAUCAGUCAAAAAACGAGAUGCGCGAAUUCCUACUUAAUUAUUUAUACAAUAGGGGACCGGAAAUGUUGAAGGUAGCCCCUGAAGUAUUAAGACAAUUUAUACACCUUUACUCAAGGAUUGUAAAACUGGGCUGGCUAGAGGAAAUGAACAACCAGCAGCUUCUAACCCACGUUUCCCAGUUCCUCUCCGCCACAACACAGCAUUGGAUUAUCGGAUUAAACAUUUACACCGACCUGACCCAGGAAAUGCAGCCUCAAAUGGGCAAGUUUAUCGCCAAAUUCAGAAGAGCCGCACUCAAUUUCAAGGAAACUGUACUCCAAGAUAUUUUUACCGUAACUGUACAGACAUUGGAACAGUUUAAUAAAGGUACGGUGGUGGUUACAGACUCAAAGGAGGAGAGUCAGUUGCUGUACCAGGUCCUCCAGUUGUGCUAUAACUGCCUAAGCUUUGAUUUCAUGGCAACAAUGCCAGAUGACACAUCUGAAGAACAGGCGACUGUGAUGAUUCCCCAGGGCUGGGACAUGCUGAGGACCGAUGAGAUCCCAAAGCUCUUGUUCCAGCUUUACCAGAAGGCUUUUACAAAGAAUGCCUCGUCCACACCUAACAAUGGUGGGUAUUACAAUCCUGAGGACAAAUACAUGAAGAGCGCAGUGCUCUGCCUGAAGUGUCUGGUAGUGCUGGCUGCUCUCAGGAAGUCCUUUUUCAAUAACGAAAACGAAGCUCUGGGACACAUUAACUGCUUCAUGUUGGGCAGCCUGGAGAUCAUCAGGACCAAGAUGGGUUUAACAGACGACGACUGCUACCACGAGCUCUGCCGUCUUUUGGGAAAGAUUAACGCCUCAAACCAGCUCUCUCAGCUCCUCCAAAGUAACGUCUUCCCAAUUUGGUCAGAGCAGAUCCACGCAUUCACAAUGGAGGCGCUGGCAAACUGGACCCGCCUAACCAACAGUAAACACUACUUACUAGGCGUCUGGUCGCACAUGAUAGUCCCACUAGCCUACAUGAAGGGGAAGGCCCCAACAGUUCUUGAGACUAAUAUUCUACAAAUUACACUAGAGUUUUUAAACACUCGACUUAAAAUGGCACAAGUUCUUGUCACAAAACCGGAUGAGUUUGACUUUGAGAAUCCACUGGAUGAUGAUAUUUUACGGAACGAGCAGAGCGAGUUGUUCAGCAAGCUGUGCAGGAACCAGUACCGUGUGGUGCUUAACCACGUGCUCGAAUUAUACACGAGCUUGAACAACAACUUGAACAACGAGGAUUUGUCCGUUGUUCAGGAGAAGCUCGCAUGGCUAGUGCUCUUUAGUGGCUCAAUGCUUAACGGGAGCAGCUCCCUGCGUCUAGUCGGGGAGUACAAUAACUCAUCAGUGUGCAUUCAGACCCUGAACAUCGAACUCGUCGGGAAGGUCUUCCAAAACAUGAUUAACUCUGAUAAGAUGGCUGAAAACGUCAGACUUGAACUCAGCUACUUAUCCUUCCUUGGCCACUUUAGGAAGUUCUACAUCAGCGAACAUACCAAAGGCACUAUAUCUGGGGAUAAUAAAGAGAGGUUCUCACAACUCCCAAAUCUACCACCAGGUGUAGAUGGAUCGCAAUAUUUGUUGAAUCGUAUGAUAGAGAAGGUAUUUUAUAAUUUACAAAACAGGACGAGUGAUGAGAGGGUGGUGAAGAAGACAUUACAGUUCUUCUCAGAUUUGUCAUCGGGAAUAGAUAUAGUGCACUACGCAGACCGGUCACCACACCUGAUAAUCUCUGCAAGGCUAAUUCUACAGUGUGACACACUUCGGUUUGCACUUCUUAACCACCAUGACCCCUCAUUCAAGUUUUUGUUUAACCCGUCGUACGGGAGAUAUAGGACUAUUUACUACUCAAUCCUGACCAAGUUGCUGCUGCUGGAGAUUACAGACGAACAGGACGCGAACGAAAAGUUCAACAUCUACAUGCAGUACCACAAUAACCUAAUUGACCAGAUGAGCACCUUCUUCUCAGCAAAUAGCCCAACAGUGGGACUUACGUCGAAUCUGGAGCUCAAGGGAGUGAUUGUGGGAUUCAUGAGAGACUUGAGGGGGAUAUGCAAGAGCUGCCUGACAGUGGAGUCGUACCAGCUCUUCUUUAACUGGAUAAUAAACACACCAAAACAGAUCAAUAACUGCAGGUUCAACGUACUGAAGCUAGUUUGCGAGGUAUUUUACAACGACUAUGAAGUCAUGCUCCCGCUAAUCAAGUUUCUGGCAGAGCUGUUGGACAAUAAGGGGAGGAGAAUAACAUUUGACAAAACAUCAGCCAACGGGCUUUUGCUCUUUAAAGAGUCCUCAUACAUAGUCAUUUACUAUGGGCUAAAGCUGCUGGACCAGUUAAACGCACUCAAGAGCAGUAACUUGACAACGAUGACAGCCACCAUGGGAGGGUCACUGUCCUGUAACGAGAAUGAGAUUUAUAAAAAGUACUACAAGAGCAUAAGUUACUGUCUACUGGUUCUUGUCCACACUCUAGGCGGAGAUUACAUUAGUUUUGGCGUUUUUGACAUUUACGGAGACAACACCUUGGAUCAGGUGCUUAACCUGUCGUUCAGGCUAAUUUUGGCUAUUCCACUAAACGACCUCCAAUUCUACCCAAAGACCAUGCACCCGGUGUACUCGUUUCUCGACCUCUCAACUAAGCUGUUCAUUGAUCAUUUGCUCAAUUUAGAUAGCCCAAAUGUUAGUCGUCUAGUCAACAUUGGCGUGGACGGGCUAUGCAGCUACGACUCAAACAUAAGUCUUAGCAGCGCGUCACUUCUUGACAACUUUGUCACAUACCUCUUCAACAACAAGAACAAGGAGCCUGUAGUAAAGUUCUUAUCAGUGGAAAACAAUGUCCUGGUCAAGUGCAUGGUCCUGAUGUUUAACCUGCUAACCCGUGGGGACUCGAACUCUGCAUGGUCAAUUUCUCGUCCCUUGCUCGGUUUAAUUCUGCUCAACAAGGCUGAGUUUCAGAAGAUUCCUCACAGUUACAUGUCGAAUUUGUCGCAGCAGAAGGGUGAAAAGCUAAUGAAGUGCUUCAACAACCUCAUGCUCGGGAUUGAGGAUGUGCUAACCCCUGAAAACAAGGACUUAUUCACCAAAAAUGUGUACCUUUUCUCCCAAGAGGUCAAGUUGUCUUUUAUCUGAAGAGUUCAUUUUGUAUUUUAUAUCAAGUUUCGCUGUGUCAAUGUAUUAAUUUGUAAAUUAUAAUUUAAUCUUCGUAUAUAC